UGAGUCACGCGCACCGCUACCUGGGGCCGUGCGGCGGUCCGUCAGGUACCGGAGACACCGCGCGCGAGACUCGUGAUGAGCGAUACGCUACGCUGACACCCCCCCCCUUCUCUCUCUCUCUCUCUCUCUCUCUCUCUCUCUCUCUCUCUCCGCUAUCUCUCACUCUCUCUUUUUCCGGAGCCAUGCACAGGUGCGCUCCUCGCGCGCUCGUCACUCUCAUCACCUGCAUGGUCCUGUGUCUCCCGGCGCACCGCGCGCUCGGCGUCUCCAACGGCACUUCGCUGCACGAGCUGCUGGCCGCAGGACGGAACGGUUCGACUCUGUACGCGCUGGACGACGGCGCGCUCGCGGACUGGCGCUCGCUGGCUGGGCGAAAGCGCGAGGGCUCGGAGCGCGAGCACGCGGCGGUCCGGGCUUUGCUGAUCUUCAGCUACUCCCUCAUCAUCAUCAUGUCGCUCUUCGGGAACGUGCUCGUGUGUCACGUGGUGAUGAAAAACAAGCGCUCGCGCUCCGCCACAAGCCUCUUUAUCGCCAACCUGGCCGUAGCGGACAUCUUCAUCACCCUGCUGAACACACCGUUCACCCUGGUGCGCUUUGUGAACAGCACGUGGGUUUUCGGCAGAGGGAUGUGCCACAUCAGCCGCUUUGUGCAGUAUUGUUCUCUCCAUGUGUCCACACUCACACUCACAGCCAUCGCACUGGACAGACGACAGGUCAUCCUGUACCCUCUGAAGCCCAGGAUGUGUACGGCUCAGGGUGCUGUGUGUAUCGUCUUCAUUUGGCUCAUGGCGAGUUGUUUCUCACUUCCUCAUGCCAUCUUCCAGAAACUCUUCACCUUUGUCUACAGUAAGGACAUCAUUCGUUCUCUGUGUGUACCGGAUUUUCCCGACCCAUCUGAACAGUACCAUCAGUACCUGGACUUAGCGACCUUCAUCCUCCUGUACGUGUUGCCGCUCCUCAUCAUCACGGCGGCGUACUCGGCUGUGGCGCGUCGGCUGUGGCGCCGUAACGCCAUCGGUGAUGUCACGAGUGAGCAGUACUUCCUCCAGCGCAGGAAGAGGAAGCGGACUAUCAAAAUGCUGGUGCUGGUGGUCCUGGUGUUUGCCGUGUGCUGGUUCCCUUUAAACUGCUACGUGGUUCUGCUGUCGAGUCACGCCAUCCACUCCAACAAUGCCAUGUACUUCAGCUUCCACUGGCUGGCCAUGAGCUCCACCUGCUACAACCCCUUCAUCUACUGCUGGCUCAACCAGAGCUUCAGGGCCGAGCUCACCUACCUACUGAGCAUGUGCAGGAAAGGCCGAGCCAGGGGGCGGGGCAGCAGCGGGCGAGGGGAGGAGCCGGACGAGAGGCCUCCACCACUUAACAUCUGUCACAGAGCCGCCUGGACAGAAAGCCACGCCUCCUCACAACCGUCUAAUCACAAAGAAAGCCACGCCCUUAGGACCACGUCUCUCGGCCAAUCAGGGAAGACCGAUAUACUGUCGGUGGAGCCGAUCGUCACCGUCAGCUAAGAAUUAUAAUCUUUAUUGUGUGUUGGGGAAGAGGAAUGACCUUCACCCAAAUGUUCACACUCACAGCUGUGAGUUCAGUCAGAAUCCUUCCUCCUGUCAUGCCUACUGUCACGUCCUUUUAUAAUUUGUUUCUGUAAAUGUUUUUUUUCCAAGCUGUAAUUAUGACCUGUUCAUUGCUCCGCCCCCUCGUGUUUGAUGUGCAUCUGCUUCUCGUCAUGUGAUUGAUGAUGUCACUUCUGAAAGUUUAAAUACGGUAAAAGGUUUUAAUAUUAGUAUGUGUAAGUAUAAAGACUUCUGUACAGAUUUACUUUUUUUUACUGUUUUUUAUCACUAAACUGAUAAAAAAAAAAAAAGCUACACAAAUAAAACUGAAUUGAAUUGAAGCUUCGAUGUGUUCAGUCGCUCCUGUGAGAGGAGAAGCUGAUCG